AUGGACUUGAUGCUGGGGCAGAAAGGUGGUCAUGAGGCAUUGGGUUUUACCAAGAAGGAUCUGUUCAAUCACAUUGAUAAGGAGAAGCGGAUAAGGGUAGGAAACGGAGAUGUCGUUGCUGCUUUGUCAUAUUUUCAAGCUAAGGCUGAGGGUGAUCCAAUGUUUUUCUCCAAGUAUACUAAAACUGAAGAUGAAAAUCUGAAGGGCUUAUUUUGGAGUGAUGGAGUAAGCAAAGUUGAUUACCAUGCAUUUGGUGAUAUAAUUGCCUUUGACAGCACCUAUAAGAGAAAUAAGUAUAAUAAGCCUCUGGUGAUUUUCUCUGGCUACAAUCAUCAUGGUCAGACAACAAUUUUUGCUUGCGCUUUGAUUACGGAUGAGUCGAUUGAGACAUAUAAGUGGGUUCUAGAGAAAUUUGUUGAGUGUAUGUUUGAGAAGCAUCCCAAAGUUGUUGUUAUAGAUGGUGAUUUAGCUAUGAAAGAAGCAAUAAGGGUUGUCUUUCCUAAUGCCCGACACAGAUUGUGUUCAUGCAUAUUCAACAAAAAGCUUUAG